AUGCAGGUCGGGAAGAGAGCCCCGCAGGCGGCCAGCCACACCGACACCUCCUUUAAGAGCAAACGCGUUAAAGUCUCAGCGCAGAGCAUCCUUCAUGACCUUGGUGAUGAAGAUGCUGUUACCGCGAGGGGACAGCGUGUGCAGGAGCUGCUGGUCCAGCUGCGUCACUACAGCCCAGCCAGCAAGCGUGAAGCAUUGGCGGGCCUGAAGUCGAUCGUGGACCGACACCGGUCAUUCGCGGAGGUAAACUUCGCCAGGCUAGCGGAAGCCAGCCUCGAGCUGGCCGUCUGCUUCGACAACGAUGUUCGAAAAGGCCUGCUGGCAUUUCAGGAGACGCUGCUGAAUUGUGUAUCUGCCCGGACCUUCUCUCCAUUCGCGAACCUGUACAUGGCUUACGUGGUCAGUGCCAUGACCAGCCUGACUAAGGGCGUCCGGCGCGACAGCCUCACGCUGCUCGCCCUCCUGUUAGCCCGCUUCCCCGCCGCCGUAGCUGACCGGGCCGAGCGUCUGGCGCCUAACUAUGCUACCCUACUCGCUGCCGAUCCGGCCUCCAAGAAGCACGCAGGAAGGGCGGAAGCCCUGCAAAGCCUCGUGAGCUUGUUCAGGGCUGUGUCGCGGCGGUAUGGUAGUGGUAAUAGCGGGGGCAAGGCCGGAGGUGGUGUUGGUGGUGUUGGUGGCGGCGGUGGUUUGGGGACGGCUAGGUUGUCGUGGAAGCAAGGUUCUCGGAGAAAUGGCGCCUUGAUGCUAUGCCCUUGCUCGACGACCGUGUUGGCCGGGAAUGCAGAUAGCCGUGGCGGCGGCACGGGCGGAGCUGGCCCGACAGCUGAUUCGCCGCAGAUCAAAGCGCUAGCGUCUAUCCUACCGACUGUCUUGGAAAGGCUGCGUGAGGUGUGGAUAGAAGCCCUGGCGGCCGUCCCUCCAGACAUCGGGUUAAUGCAGAAUGUGGUGCACGUGCUUUCGGAGGCGAUCGCUUCCCCUGCGUGGACGGCUUCUAGAGGGGGCGUCGCGGAUGACGUUAGAGGUAAUGAAGGCGGAAGGGGCAUCAACUCGGCGAUGGUGGUCCCGUGGCACGCUGCCACCGGGCACGGAAGUGGCGAAGGGGCGGGCGGUGGCGCGUCCGCAUGGUUUUCGCGUUUCGUGCCCUUAGUCCUCGAAGCGUUUCCCGUUCGCCCGCUCGAAGGUGAGUUGCUGGGAAAUGUGGAAGAGGAGCGGCUGCGAGCUAUCCAAGGGCUCAACAUGGGCCUGUGCGAGCUUGUGGUAGCGGCCUGCGCCGGUCCCGGGGCGAUCACUGCUGCUGCCGCUGCCGCUCCCGAUGCCAGCGGCGCAGGCGGAGGGGAGGACCCUUCUGAGUGGCUUGCCCCCGUUCUGGCGCACGUCCAUGAGGUGCUGCGAGACGAGGUUGGGAGGAGCGGUGUGGCAGGGCCGCAGAUGUCGAGCGUCUUGCGCGUCCUGAGCGCUGCAACUUACAACCCGGCAGCGACGUCAAGUGCCUUUUCGGACUGGACAGCCCAAAGGCAGCGAUUACUGUCAGCUUUCGGCGACUUCUUGGAAUCCUUGCCCGCCCACUGCGAGGCCAAGCUGCUGUGCAUCAGGUUCGUGUGCUGCUUGGCGACAACUCUUUUGCGGGGUGCGACGAACGGCGAGGCUGUCAGCGAUGACCCCGAGACCCCUCCCGAGGUCUGCCGCUGGCUGCGGUCGCUGCCCGAGCUAUUGUGCCGCUGGGGUGGCGAGUUUCCGAGAGACUCGGAGGCUGUGCUUGGGGUCCUCGUGGAGGUCGCCAAGCACGCCCUUCCCCCCCAGCAGCCCCUCCCGACGAGGGGAGCAGAUGUCGGCGGAAAUCCCACCGGGAAGGGGAAGGCAAAAGGCAAGACGACUAGUGCAGGGGGAGCCCUCGCGGCAGGGUCGGGGUGUAAAGGGGGGGAGUGGGCAGUGGCAUCGUCGGAGCUCCUGCGCUCCAUCGAACCUGCACUGCUGGUUGAGUUCUUCGGCGAUCAAGGAUUCCUCUUGCUACCGGCGGCUGCGCAGAGGAAUGCUAUCUCGUUCCUUUACCACCUUCCCUCGAUUCCGGGCAAAGUUGUGUGUGAGCUCGCGGCGGCGUGCUCGGAACCCACGGCACUUGAUAAGGACAUUCGCUCGUUUGUGCUGGAGGUGAUGCACCACCGCCGCCGCAGCCUCAGCCCCAGCGCAUACCUUGGCUUUCUGGUGAGCAUAUUGACAGCAUCCGCGGGCGUGAAGAACACGGGUGGGGCCAAAAGAACAGCCGAACAACGGGCAGGGGGUAGUAGUGGUAGCGGAAAGCGGCGCCGGCAGAGGCCAGGUGCGACUGGGGGAGGUGACGGCGCCACGCAUGGCGAGGAACCAGCAAUAGCGGCGGUGGUUGCGCCCUCCACGCUGUGGGAAACGGUGUUCGGGAGAGAUGAGGUGACAGGUGCCGUAUGCAACUCGCUCGCGAUGAUCGGGACGCGCGGCGGGACUGUGCUCGAGGCUCUGCAGCCGACGCUCCUGCAGCUACUGCGACAUCGAAGCAUUCGACAGGGUGGCGGGAGCAGCGCAGGAAAGGGAGAGAAACCGCAAGGCACGGCCGGGGGAAGGGGCGGCGGCGAUGUCUCCGUCGUGCGGUCGCUGGAUGAAGGCUCAUUGGCCGCAGUUUUGCAGGGACAACGGGCAGCGAUGGCGUGUGUGCUCUGCUGCUGGGAAGGGCUAGACGUGGCAACAGAGUUCUUUCGCUCACCAGUCCCGGCCGACACCAACAAUGGUACAGGCAACGCCAAACCAACACCAUCCCCGCUGUCCGCCCUCGAGAAGCCAAUGGCUGCGGCAUGCGUUUGGGCGAUGAAAACUGCAGGGACGGCCGAGGCAGCGGAGAAGGCUCGCGGAGCACGCCUCCUGCGUCCGGUGCUAGUCCUAGUUAAGCGCUGGCCGGCCCUCUUGCCUCUCAUGGUGGCGCUCAUAGUGGAAACAACGUCUGAGGUUGUCGAGGCCGCUAAGCACGACGCAGCGGGUGCCGCCAUGCAGGACCGAACUGUCGGGAUCGGGGGAACUCAGCCGUUGGAGCCGAUCCUGCGAUGUCUGCAGACCGUGGUGCGUGACCAGGGCUUGCAAGGGCAGCUGCGGCGGCGACACAUCGGCGUCCUGCGUGAGGGCACGAGGACACUCUGCGCGGCGUUGGACGGGUCGCCGCUGAAAAGUGUUGUGGUACAACUGCAGGCGGAUGUAGACGUCCUCGGUGGUGGUGGCGUAGAGGACCGUUUGGAUUAACUAUUGCAGAGCGGCAGGAUCUUGACGAAGAGUCUAUCCUGUGUAAAUAUGUGAGCGCUCUGGACGCGGGCGAGAAG